AUGGAGGAUUCAUUCGCCAAAGGUACUGAUAUUGAUCGCCGCACUUGCACUCGCGUGGUGCCCAUGCGGGUGAUUUGUACCGGUCUCCCAAAAACUGGGACAACGUCACUGAGGGCUGCGUUACAACGCCUUGGAUAUGAGCAGACAUAUCAUAUGGAGUCAGCAGCGUAUGAAAAUAUUAGGGACUGCGAAAUGUGGUUGGAUGCGUUUCGGGCAAAGUACGAUGGCAUCGGAACUUUCGAAAAAGAAGACUGGGACAAACUUCUUGGGCACUGUCAAGCCGUGACGGACGUUCCCGCCGCCCUUUUUAUUCCAGAGCUGGUGAAGGCUUAUCCAGAUGCUAAAGUUGUGAUGAACACGAGGGAUGUUGAUGCGUGGUAUACGUCGACGACGAAUACAAUCGUUGCAGCUCUAAGCAACAUAGACAACGUCAAAACCGGAGGAUUUGAGCCGGACCAUUUGAAGGCCAUUCGUAAAGAGCUGCUGACAAAAGUCUGGCAAACCAGCUUUCCCGACGGCUUUAAGGAAACGGGCAAGGAAGCUUUCCACAAACACAAUGAAAUGGUGCGGCAAACAGUUAGGAAAGACAACCUCCUUGAGUACUCAGUCAAGGAGGGAUGGGAGCCACUUUGUAAAUUCUUGGAGGUUCCAGUCCCUGACGAGCCGUUCCCUCGCCUAAACGACAGAGCGAGCUACUGGCAAAAGAUGACGAAGAAAUUUGGGUUGAAAAUUCCUGAGCCGCAGAAAAUUGAGUUCGAACAGCAAACAACCACGUCUUGCGUUGUGUAG